UCGUAUUAAACUUUGUUCGUGCGUGAAAUGACCUUGAAAAAUACCAUUUGGCUUGUUUCACAAUAUUUUAGUUCAUAGAUGACGCGCCAAGCGCUGUUUGAGGAAUAAAAUAAAUUCACGACUCGGCUUCGGUUAGAACUGGUUAGAACCCGGGAUUCCCCUUUUGUCUCUAUGUGCGGUGUGAGUCUCAUUUGUUCAUUUCGCUUUUCUACCUUCCGUGCGUUGGUUGAUCUCGUCGGGUGUUUGUUGUUCGUGUUUUUCAGCAAUUUAUUUUCUUUCCAUUACGACCAGUCUUUUUAAAGACUUUUUAAGAAUUUGUUUCAUUUUACGCAAGGUAACUAGAUUUUAUACUGUUUUAUAAACUGUAAUUAUUUAAAAAAUAAAAUAAUUUGUUUAGAAAUAUGUUGUUUAGUUUGCUUAUUUAUUUUGUUUAUUAUUUUGUGUAGAUUGUUUUUUACAUUUUUUUUUUGAUAUUUAGUAUCAACUUUUGGUUUUAUAUCCAUGAAAAUGUUUUAGCGUAAAUUUUAGAAGUUUGUGUUGUGUAUGAAACCUGUAAGUAUUUUGUAGUACUAGUAGCUAUUAGGUAGGUACGUGCAUAAUAUACAAUCGCGAGCAAUAAGUUUUACUCAUCAACGUCGUCAUUAUAAGAAUACAAUUACAAUGAAACAAUGUUAAUGGUAAACUUUCUUGUUCGCUACUGUACCUGUUGUUCAAUGCUCAAUCAUUUGCUAAUUGUAAAAUUGAAUUGCAAGAUAUGGGUAACCGUAAGCAGACCAACAAAGGUUACAUUUCGCAAACGCGCAAACGUAAUCGAGCAGCUACUGCUCGGAAAAAGUUCCAUCUGGAGAAGUCUACAUCUGGAAGUAACAUGUAUUUGUUCGAGGAUUUACCUAAUCCUGGAUGUUUACCCGCUACCGCAACUGAAUGCGUUGAUAAAUAUGAAGAAAACAGGACUAUGUUGGACCCAGUUGAUAGAAGUGAAGACGAACGAGUGAAUGUGAAGACGUACGAGCGCAGGAAAAGGAUAACCGAACAUAUUGUCAAAGAUGCAGAAUAUCAGAGGUAAAUAAUAUCAUCUUAUACAGACUGUCCUGAAGUAUACAGGGGGCCAUUGAAAAAACUACUAUGCGUACUGCGACUGAUACAAGACCAUAAAAUAAAAAAAAAAGUAUUAUACACUAAGAUCCGAUAACUUUUUGAUUUC